GUCAAACAUGAAGCUCGCACUCCUUUCCAUCCUGGCCGCGGCUGCCAUUGGCGCCAAUGCGCACUUCACCAUGCAGUACAUCUGGGUCAACGGCGCUGACCAGGGUCAGAACACGGACAUCCGUAUCCCGCCCAGCAACAACCCGGUCACGGACGUUACCUCGAAGGACCUCACCUGCAACGUCAACGGCCUCACCGGCACUGGUGUCUCCACCGUGUCCAUCCCCGCUGGCUCCAACAUCACCUUCGAGUGGCACCAGCACGCUCAGCGCACUGGCGAGGACGCCAUCUCCGGCGGACACAAGGGUCCCGUUCAGGUCUACAUCGCCAAGGCGCCGUCCACCGCCGCCUCGUUCGACGGCCAGGGCACUGUCUGGACCAAGAUCUACUCUUCAGGUCUCCUCAACGCGCAGUCCCAGCAGUGGGCGACCGAUAUCGUCAAUGCUGACAACGGCAAGCACAGCGUUGUGAUUCCCGCCUCCCUGCCGGCUGGCGAGUACCUGCUUCGCUCGGAGAUCAUUGCGCUCCACGUUGCCCAGAGCUACCCUGGUGCCCAAUUCUACAUUGGCUGUGCUCAGGUCAAGAUCACCGGUGGAGGCAGCGCGAACCCGCCGAAGAUCGCUCUUCCGGGUGCCUACAAAUCGAGCGACCCCGGUAUCACCGUCAACAUCUACAACAACCUCCAGAGCUACACCGCUCCUGGCGGCCCCGUCUGGUCUGGGUGAACUGUUCCGUCUAUGUAGCAUACCACACAUAUACUGUAUCUGUUUCUCGGGCAAUAGCAUGGAUAUCGCACAUACAUCACUGUGUACGUGUGUUGUAUACGCGAUGC